UCGAACUUCGUUUUGUAACUCACUAUUUUACAUAGAUAGAUAUUAUGGGAGAGGUGGUGGAACUGCAGUCAAGUCCGGCGGCUGCACGAACAUUGAACAUCGUAGCACCUCCGCUUCAACUCGACUGCCGAUUGAUAUCUAUGUCCCGGUCACCGCUUCUUGAUUCAACCCCCAAAACCCCGAAAAGCCCCUUUGUUACACGCAUGAUGACUCCUGUAGCUAGCCCCAUGAAGAAGGCCAUCGCGAGCAUGCAAAGUUACCUGGAAGAAAUCGGACACUUCACCAAGCUUGACCCACAGGAAGCUUGGCUUCCCAUCACUGAGUCCAGGAAUGGUAACGCGUACUACGCAGCAUUUCACACACUGAGUUCAGGAAUAGGGUUCCAAGCUCUUGUUCUUCCUCUAGCUUUCGUCACUCUUGGUUGGGUCUGGGGAGUUAUAUGCUUAUCAGUGGCUUUUGUUUGGCAGCUAUACACACUGUGGAUACUAAUUCAGUUGCAUGAAUCAGAAUCUGGGAUACGGUACAGCAGAUACCUUCGACUAUCCAUGGCUGCAUUUGGAGAAAAAUUAGGUAAACUGCUGGCCCUUUUCCCCAUCAUGUAUCUAUCAGGAGGAAGUUGUGUAACCUUGAUCAUGAUCGGAGGUGGGACCAUGAAGAUAUUCUUUGAGAUCAUGUGUGGGAACACAUGCAGCCUAAAACCCCUCACCCUUUUGGAGUGGUACUUGGUGUUCACUUGCUUAGCCAUCAUUCUGGCUCAACUUCCUAACUUGAACUCCAUUGCCGGGGUUUCCCUGGUUGGAGCAGUCACUGCCAUCUGUUAUUGUAGCUUGAUAUGGAUCGUGUCGAUUAUUCAAGGUAGGCAAGAGUCUGUCUCGUAUGACUCACCGGAUCGAGCAAAAUCACAAUUAACCAUGCUUUUCGAUACCUUUAACGCACUCGGAAUAAUCGGCUUUGCAUUUAGAGGCCACAAUCUCGUGUUGGAAAUACAGGGGACAAUGCCUUCCAGUGGAAAGCACCCUUCCCGUCUACCGAUGUGGAGAGGAGUGAAGUUUGCUUACAUGAUUGUUGCAGCCUGCUUGUUUCCCCUAGCAAUUGGUGCCUAUUGGGUUUACGGAAACCUGAUGCCUGAAAAUGGAGGGAUGCUUAGUGCUUUGUACAGAUACCAUGUACUUGACACGUCGAAGUCGCUUCUUGGACUAGCAAGUCUACUCAUUGUAAUUAACAGCCUCAGCUCAUUCCAGAUAUAUGCUAUGCCUGUAUUUGAUAAUUUAGAGUUCAGAUAUACAAGCAAAUGUAGAAGGCCAUGCCCACGGUGGGUGCGGACAGGUAUCAGAGUUUUCUUCGGAUGCUUGGCAUUCUUUAUUUCGGUGGCACUACCAUUCUUGCCAAGCUUGGCCGGGUUGAUUGGAGGGAUUGCUUUACCAAUCACCUUGGCCUAUCCCUGUCUCAUGUGGGUGAUAAUCAAGAAACCUCAUAAAUUUAGUCCAUGUUGGUGCCUCAACUGGGCAUUAGGGGUGUUAGGGAUGGUACUCAGCGUCUUAGUGACUACUGGAGCAAUAUGGGGAAUAGUGACCAAGGGUAUUGAAAUCCAGUUCUUUAAAGCCCUGUGAGUAAGUGCUGCGCAUUAUCUUUCAUCUUGCAUAUCAAAACUGACCAAACAAGCCUCGGGUCUCCUGAGCCAACUGUCCACGCGGUAAGGACAAUGUCAAGCAUCUACUUCUUUGAGUGCAUCCUGCAAUCCCUCGAGUCUUAUUGACUGUUUAACACAUAUCAAAGCUCAUGUAUUCCUCUAAAUAUACUUGAAAUCAUCUUAUA